GAGGCGCAGAUUCAUCCGGUAUUCUUACACAGUUACAAUUUCUGUAGCAGACUAGCUAACUUGCUCUCAGGGACUAAAUAACUUUUCGACGAUUAACCACUGUUCAGAAAUGUACGUCUUUACUCUUAGCCUAGUUGUGAUUUUAGUUACCCAACAAAUCAGCGGAUUUAAGGAGCCAGAGUGCUCUCGCUAUCAUUAUGAAGAACAGAUUCUUGAAAGAGUUGUCCGUAUGGGAAUGGAGUUUGAAUACCAAAAGAAAGAUGUUACAAAUAUCUUGGAAACAGUGGCUGCAAAGUUGGACACUUUCUCAAAUGAACUUCAGGUGCUGAAAAGAGAGAAUGAAGAACUCAAAAACAAUCUCAAAGACGAAGUUCAAAUAUCGAUAUCGGACUUGGAGAAAAUUAAAGAGAAGAUGUUUCUUCCCGUUGUUUUCUUCAAUUCUAAAACUGUCGCUGACACCACAAUUAAGGCAGGACACACAAUCGUUUUUACCGAGACCAUGGUAAAUGAUGGAAACGGGUACGAUAAUACAACGGGCAUCUUCACAGCUCCAGAAGACGGAAUAUACCUUGUAUCAUUGCAUGUGUGCGUCAAAAAUAAGCAAAACCUUUACUAUGGACUCGUAAUCGAUGGCAAGGACAGUCUCCGUGGAGAAAUGUAUGAACAUUAUGCAUACUCUUGCAAUUCCGUACAACAACUGCUGACCAUCAAGGCCGGGAAUAGAGUUUGGAUUCAGGUCUAUGCAAAUGAUGUAGUAUUGCAUCAGAGUGCCAGUCACUGGAAUAUGUUUUCUGCCUUGCUCCUGAAUAAGGGAUAGUGAAUGGUAUUGGGUAGACAUGUACUGAUACAUACGUUUAUAUAAUCAAGUAUUGCUUACAAAUCACUUCUUUCUACUGAUUUUGAUUACAUAGCCAUGCUUCUUACCACUCGUCGAAACGCGAUUGGACAUCGAGGAAUUUGACGCAAUUCCAUAGUUGAAGGGCUGUCGGAUAAAAGUUGUUUGUCUUAUUAAAAGAUGCACUCUUACUCCAACAGAAGAUAUUCCACAAUUAAUGAUAUUAUUAUAUUAAUCCAAAACGGAUUAUAAAAUGUUGAAAACAAUGAUUCUAGUAAAAAAUACCUAUUUUAAUUUGAAAGAAAUGUGCAUUAAACACGGUAUAUCUACCGUUUUUUAUCAGCUCUUAAAUACAUGGUUACAAUCUUGUUUUCAGUAAUGAACAUUACCCAAACAUGCAUUAUUUAUUAUUACUACCACUACUGAAGAACCCACGACCACUACUGAAGAUCCUACGACAACUAGUGAUGAACCUACGACCAACCCUGAAUAACCUACGACUACCACUGAAGAAUCCACGACCACUUCUGAAGAACUUACGACCACCACAGAAGAGCAAACGACCACUACUGAAGACCCCACGACCACUAUUGAAGAUCCUACGACAACUUCUGAGGAACCUACGACCACCACUGAAUAGCCUACGGCUACCACUGAAGAAUCCACGACCACUUCUGAA